AUGAUACAUAGUUUAAUCCCAAAUUAUGAUUAUGAAAAUGUUGAAGACAAUAAAAUCGAUCGAAAUCAGGGAGAACUUGAGAUGACAAAGUUUUCUGCAACACCGCCGAGACAGAAUCGGCUGACCGACACAGACUCGAUUUCUUCCAAUGCAGAAAAGCAGCCAGUCGUUGCCGGCCAGCCUUUGUUUGCAGAUCUUGGAAAAAAUUACGUCAUUUUGAAUGAGGGUCCUUCGGCAGAUCGAUCACAAUUCAGUAGUGCAACCAUCAUUUCCCCCUCAUAUUUACAUGGUAAAAAAAAGGAAGAAAGCCGACUCUAUCUGCGAAAAUCACCUCAGGUUCCAAAGUUGAAUUUAUCCGGACCAAGUGCUGGUGAACUAAUGGCCACUACAAUUGAAACGCCUGUACUAGAUGUCAAUCUUGUGCCCGGCGUCAAUCAUUUUGACGAACCAGUUAAACUAAAUGUCAUAAAAGGUACAACCACUUAUCAACAAUUGGUUGGCCAUAUCGCCACGAGAGUAGCCAUGCAAACGAACCAGAGACCUCAAAACGUCGUUCCUGGACGUUCACUGAGCCCUGUUAUUGCAGAAGCGGAAAAAGAUGUUGACGCGGACGACCACACUUCGAUAGAUUCUGGAACACUCUUACCCGAAGGCCACCCGGCUGGACGAAUUGCGAGUGGUGAAAACAACGAUAUUUACGUAUGCUGGACGGCUGAUCAAGGUUUGCAACACAAUAGGCCCGCUCAGCACCUAUUUGAGAUUAACUACUCUCCUCCUGCGACAAAGGAAAAUAGGAUCAUUACGUCUAUUGAUUCUUUCCAAUUCACUGCCAACCAAGUCGCUCGAAACCUCCCAAGCAAUGUCCCACCAGAGAAUCUAAAAACAAAUGGAACCAAAACCAAAGGCACUCAUGACUCGAAUUCCGAUAAAGAAGAGAAAAGGGUAGAAUUCGAAGGUGAAGGAAAUCUGUUUGCGGAGGGUGUGGAAAGGGAACUGCUGAGGCGAAAGUCUACUCUUAGCACGGAACUUCCUGCAAUGCUUGAUAGAAGUAAAGCUACCAGCGGAAUUCGCCAUCAAGUUUACGAAUAUGACACGAGAGAUUGCCUCUUAGACGAAAUGUGUCACAGAGGUGCCAGUCUCGAGAGACGAUCUACAUCAAAAGACGAGCUUGGAUCAGUUAAUGACCUGGGUACUUCGUCAGCAGCUACAGCAAGUGCCACAGACACCGCCACCACCACCACCACCACCACCACCGUGAGCCCCAAGAAGCGACACGUGUCUCGUCAUAGCAGUGGACCAGACGCUCCUCGAGAAACAGUCAGACAUCCUCUGGGAGCCAACGCACUGGGUCGCGACCAAGGCACCACAAACGCAAAACGCAUCAUCAUCACAGUUGCCGUGAAGGUGACUGCGCUGGUACCAGUCUUACGCACAGCUCGAGCCGUAACUUCUCUUACAACCACGGCUGAACAGUGUUGUGAAUCCCUUUUUAGUCACUGGCCACUUACAUCACACCAAGCCGGCUACCCAAUACCCUCUCAGCCCUACGCAAACUGUGGGCUAUCUUCACUCUUCUACCACGCACCACCUCCUCCCUUAACAUAUCAACCUGCACCACCACCACCACCACCACCGCCACCUUUGCAACCCGCCUAUAUGCCUCCACCUCCUGUAGUGAUUGACGCUUGGGGACACCAUGGGUGUCACUCACGGAGAUACAGUCACCGUCAUAAGCAUCGAAAAUCCAGUAAACGCCUUCGACAUGACUCAAGGUGUCAUAAGUCAAAAUCGAGUGAUUCAACGGGGGACUCCAAGAAAAGGUCGGCACUUAAUGAUCAGCAAACCGCUGAUAGGCAAAUACAAGACCAAACAACGCAGACGAAUGAAGUUACCAGAACUAGUUUGCUGUCUCCAAAACCCUUUACCGGGCCUCACGAACAGGUCUAUUGCCAACCCCUUAAUCAACAGUCGGUGCCAGCUUUUCCUCCAGUCACCACCUCGGUCGUUUCUGACAUGUCCAAUCUGUUGCCUCCAACUCGUCCUCCUUGUUUCAUUUCACCUUCCAGUCGAGUGAAUUCUUUGCAUCAGCCAGCCUUUGUGCCGAGAGGAACCUACAGUUUACCUAGAGCAGAUGGGCCUCCUAACAACCCUGCCAGUAUCCACAGUUUCCCAAAUGAACCGCCAAAUUUAACUGAAACACGACUGGCACCCCCAUCGCCCCCUACAAAGAUAGACCCAGCACCAUCUGCAAUGUUUUCCGGCGCCAUGACGGGAGGAAACAAAUUCGCCUCGAUGCCCGAUAAUCAGUCACGUGAAUCAGAUGCAGCCAAAAAUACGGCUACUUCGAAACUAGUGGUAUGUCGGCAGUUUCUCGUACCAAAUUAA